AUGCAUGUCUCUUCUCAGCAGUUGGGUAACAACUGCCAGGUCUCUGUUGGUGGUGUUUUCCAAAAUCUGACUCUAAGUAGUCUGACACGUGUGGUGGUUAUUGAACAAAGGAGCAACCAGUUCUCAUGGAAAACCGUCUGGAACUACAACACGGGUAUCAUUGCAACCAAAUUGGUGCAACAGAACACCUGCUACAUUUCUGUCAUGAACAGAAAUGAGAUGCCCAGCUUUGAGAAUCUGGCCCACCUGGCUUCACAGAAUGGGAACCAGAUGGGUCUUGGAAGACCUACCAAGAAGAUCACCUUUGUCACCAAUGGACUGGUCAACAACCUCUACUCCUAUGGAACAGAGAUUGCGGCUAUGUGCAGCGGAGUCACCACCUACAUGGCUACCGAAGUUACCAAUUUGCAAGGACCCCAGGUGAAUCUGGGAUCAUGCAUUACCCUCGAUGUUCUGAGAAUUGUAGAGCUGAAUUACUGUGGUGGCAAUGGCAAUUGGAAUGGCAAUAUCCCGUCUCAGCAGAUUCCAGGUGACAUCUUCAACAACACUCAAGGCAGCAUCAUCAACAACACUCAAGUCAUCAUUGGUGGCCAGUCCCAAAUUGUGACCAUCAACAGGCAAUGGCAUGUGGCUGUCAUUGAGCAAACGAGCAUCAGUGGGUCCUGGAAAACCAUCUGGAACUACAACACGGGUGUCAUUGCAACCAAAGUCACUCAGCAGAACACCUGCUACAUUUCCGUCAUGAACAGGAAUGAGAUGCCCAGCUUCAAUAAUCUGGCCCGCCUGGCAGAAGAGAGCAGGAACCAGUUUGGUCUUGGAAGACCUACCAAGAAGAUCACCUUUGUCACCAAUGGAUUGGUCAGCAACCUCAGGUCUUACGGAUCAGAUGUCUUCUCUAUGUGCAGUGGACUCACCACCUACAUGACUUAUGAAGUUCACGGAGUCCAAGUCAAUCUGGGAUCAUGCAUUACCCUGGAUGUCCUGAGAGUUGUGGAUCUGAAGUACUGCACUGGCAAUGGCAAUGGACAGUCUCAGCAGAUUCCAGGUGACAUCUUCAACAACACACAGGGCAGCAACACACACGUCGUCAUCAUUGGUGGCCAGUCCCAAAUUGUGACCAUCAACAGGCAAUGGCGUGUGGCAAUCAUUGAGCAAACGAGCAUCAGUGGGUCCUGGAAAACCAUCUGGAACUACAACACGGGUGUCAUUGCAACCAAAGUCACUCAGCAGAACACCUGCUACAUUUCCGUCAUGAACAGGAAUGAGAUGCCCAGCUUCAAUAAUCUGGCCCGCCUGGCAGAAGAGAGCAGGAACCAGUUUGGUCUUGGAAGACCUACCAAGAAGAUCACCUUUGUCACCAAUGGAUUGGUCAGCAACCUCAGGUCUUACGGAUCAGAUGUCUUCUCUAUGUGCAGUGGACUCACCACCUACAUGACUUAUGAAGUUCACGGACACCACGUGAAUCUGGGAUCAUGCAUUACUCUGGAUGUCCUGAGAGUUGUGGAUCUGAAGUACUGCACUGGCAAUGGCAAUGGACAGUCUCAGCAGAUUCCCGGUGGUGAGGGCAACUCACAAGUCGUCAUCAUUGGUGGCCAGUCCCAGAUUGUGACCAUCAACAGGCAAUGGCGUGUGGCCAUCAUUGAGAAAAAGGCUGGCACUGGGUCCUGGAAAACCAUCUGGAACUACAACACGGGCAUCAUUGUAACCAAAGUCACUCAGCAGAAUGCCUGCUACAUUUCCACCAUGAACAGAAGUGAGAUGCCCCGCUUUGAUAACCUGGCCCACCUGGCACAAGAGAGCAAGAACCAGUUUGGUCAUGGAAGACCUACCAAGAAGAUCACCUUUGUCACCAAUGGAUUGGUCAGCAACCUCAGGUCUUACGGAUCAGAUGUCUUCUCUAUGUGCAGUGGACUCACCACCUACAUGACUUAUGAAGUUCACGGAGUCCAAGUCAAUCUGGGAUCAUGCAUUACCCUGGAUGUCCUGAGAGUUGUGGAUCUGAAGUACUGCACUGGCAAUGGCAAUGGACAGUCUCAGCAGAUUCCCGGUGGUGAGGGCAGCUCACAAGUCGUCAUCAUUGGUGGCCAGUCCCAGAUUGUGACCAUCAACAGGCAAUGGCGUGUGGCCAUCAUUGAGAAAAAGGCUGGCACUGGGUCCUGGAAAACCAUCUGGAACUACAACACGGGCAUCAUUGUAACCAAAGUCACUCAGCAGAAUGCCUGCUACAUUUCCACCAUGAACAGAAAUGAGAUGCCCCGCUUUGAUAACCUGGCCCACCUGGCACAAGAGAGCAAGAACCAGUUUGGUCAUGGAAGACCUACCAAGAAGAUCACCUUUGUCACCAAUGGAUUGGUCAGCAACCUCAGGUCUUACGGAUCAGAUGUCUUCUCUAUGUGCAGUGGACUCACCACCUACAUGACUUAUGAAGUUCACGGAGUCCAAGUCAAUCUGGGAUCAUGCAUUACCCUGGAUGUCCUGAGAGUUGUGGAUCUGAAGUACUGCACUGGCAAUGGCAAUGGACAGUCUCAGCAAAUUCCAGGUGGCAUCUUCAACAACACUCAAGGCAGCAUCUUCAACAACACUCAAGUCAUCAUCGGUGGUCACUCCCAAAUUGUGACCAUCAACAGGCAAUGGCGUGUGGCAAUCAUUGAACAAACGAGCAUCAGUGGGUCCUGGAAAACCAUCUGGAACUACAACACGGGUGUCAUUGCAACCAAAGUCACUCAACAGAACGCCUGCUACAUUUCCACCAUGAACAGAAAUGAGAUGCCCCACUUUGAUAACCUGGCCCACCUGGCAGAAGAGAGCAGGAAUCAGAUUGGUUUUGGAAGACCUACCAAGAAGAUCACCUUUGUUGCCAGUGCAUUGGUGAACAACCUGAGGUCUUAUGGAUCAGAUGUCUUCUCUAUGUGCAGUGGACUCACCACCUACAUGGCUUAUGAAGUUCAUGGUUUGCAAGGACCCCAGGUGAAUCUGGGAUCAUGCAUUUCCCUUGAUGUCCUGCAAGUUGUGGACCUGAAGUACUGCACUGGUAAUUUCCAUGGCAAUGGGCAGGUGAGAAAACCUUAG